CGUUCCCAACCAACCGAAGACGGCUCCGGUGGGGGAAAAGAACACCGGUCCGAUCCGCUCCGAUCCGCCCCCUCAUCGCCCCCGGCCCGAUCGACAGCGAACGAGCGAUCAUCGACGGGACACGCAUCUUCGUCGUCUUCCUCCUCCUCCCUCCAAUCGUACUGCGACAGCAAGACCGCUCCGGCCUCCGCAAAAUACGCUCCAACGCCUCCGUCCCUUCCCAAGCAGGGAACCAAUCCCGCUCGCGGUCAACACCGCGCCCUCCCCCGGCAUUCGGAAUCGCGUCUUCCCCGCAGGCCCCUUCCGAUGGAGAACAUGCAGUACGCGGAGGAGCUGGUGCGGGAGUUCCUGGUCUUCCGGGGCUUCACCGCCACCCUCCAGUCCUUCGAGAGCGAGCUCGCCACCGACGUCGGCCGGGGCUUCCAGGUCGACAAGCUCCUCGACCUCAUCUUCGCCGCCUACGUCCCCAGGUUCCAGGCCGAUAAGCUCCUCGCCCUCUUCGGCUUCCUCCGGCAGUGCCUCUCCUCGGCUUCCACCGAGGCGGCGCUCCUGGCUUCCCUGUCCAGGCUGGAGGUCGCCGUCAUGCGGUAUUACAUCGUGCACGCCGUGCGGUCCGGGCGGAGGGAUAAGGUCUUGGAGUUCUUCGGGGCGAGCGGGAAUGAUCUGAUGCGCAAGGAUCAGGAUUGGACUCCGUGGUUCGCUAUGCCGUACGUGAAGAAUCCUAGCACGGAUCCUCAGUUUCGGGUCUACUUUUCGAAGGAGUGGUACGAGGCAUUGCGCGUUGCCGUGAGGAAUUUCUUCGAUGAGAUCUUCAAUGGCACUCGCAUUCCUGCCUUAUUGACCAUUAGUUUGGAGAAGAACACUAUCAGCCGUCUCAAAAAGGAAAUUAAGCAGCUAAACAGUAAGUUAGCACAGCUUCAAGCUCUGUUGGAGGAAAAAGAAGCACAAUUAUGCCGAUCGAGGAGUCAUGCUGCAUCAGCGAUGGAUGCUGGCAUAGCUCGGAGUAGUUCUUCAACUCUGUCAAGUGGUGUGCUUGAUGAAAAUAUUGUAUCAUCACAAGAUAAUCAAGACACCCAUGAUGAUGCUACUCGCAAUCCGGGUGAUAGAGUGCUGGCCCAGGACUUGGUUGAUGCUUCAAAAGCCAAAGUCAACUUAGAAUCUCUUGCAAGACCAUCUGCUCAUGUUACAACCUCUCUAAGUGUAUGUGGUGAUAAUGGAGCCGGUGGUUCCAGUCUAAUGCUCCAAGAUGGUACCUUUGAAACUGGAAGAGAAGUGGAGGGAGAAGAAGAAUUCCCGGAGGUGAAUGUAGACUUUCAGGAAACGUUUUUGGGCCAUACAAGUCCAAUCACUCGAUGCCGCUUUUCUGCCUCUGGGAACAAUAUUGCCAGUGCAUCCAUGGAUGGCACAGUCAGAAUAUGGACCUAUGACUCAUCAACUUCAGCAUCAAGAAAUGCAACUAUUUACUGUGGGGCAGAGAUCAUGUCGCUUGACUGGGAGUGUAAAUCUGAUCGCUUGCUUCUCAUAGGAACUGCUGAUGGAGGAAUUAAGGCAUGGAAUGUUGAUGCAAAAAGGGUUGUUUGUGAUCUCAAUACAACAGAGGCUUUUCCAAGUGUCUUGGAUUUAAAAUGCAGCCCGGUAGAACCAAUUUUUGUUUCUGCUGCAGCAUCGAGGCAUGUUUCUGGUCAUAUUGAUGACACGUCUUUUGCUUCAUUAACUGUAUGGAACAUGAAGACAUGGAAAGCAAUGACAGUCCUUCCUCUUGGUGAAGAUCCCCCUGCAAUUACUUCUUUGUGCUUUAACCACAAUGGGAAGAUUCUUGCUGCCUCUGCCACGGAUGGAAUGAUUCACAUGUUUGACAUGUCUGCCGGUCUACAAAUUACUGGGUGGCCUGCACAUGAUUGUGGUAUAAGCUCCAUUCUUUUUGGAGCUGAUGAGACGAGCAUAUUUAGUUUGGGUACAGAUGGAAAGGUGCUUGAGUGGAGCUUGCAGAAACAGGGUCAUGUUCUGUGGUCAAUCAAUUCAAAGAGCUCCUGUCACUUAAGGCAUGAAAUGGCUCUAGAUGCGAAUGGAAGGAGAUUGUUAGUAACUUCUGGUUCAGUAAGAGCACCCAUAUACCAGAUACAUAGUCGGGCAAGUGGUUUGAGAACUCUCCCUCACAGUGCUUCUGUGACAACGGUGGAUUGGCACCCAACCUUGCCCAUUUUCUUGACUGGGUCAGCUGAUAACUCCGUGCGCGUGACAUCCAUAUCAUGAAGGCCCUAUCAUUUGAAAGCUAAUGAUGCCUUUCAGGCUAGUGUACAAAACUGUACCAAGAUCACUUCGACUCGGAAGGAGCUCAGGGAACAAGAUUGUGGCCAUGAGGAUGAUUGGCUCAAGUUGCGACAAUAUCGGGAAUGGAGAUUCUGUAAGGAAAAAGAAAAAUCAGACAAAUCAGGGAAGAGUAAUGGGUUGAGCCUAAAAAUUGCUUUUGUGACUUGUAAUCUAGCAUUAGCUCAAUCAUAUGUGCUUUCGGUUCUUGCAGCUUGCUCAGGUUUUCCCAAUUUCUGUUUCUGAGUUUUGUUAGAAUCUUAACUUGCUCACUUAGUUUUGCGAAGUUUAUUGAUCA